CUUUCCAACCCAUUUCUCAUGUAAUCCAAUCUUAUUUAACACUCUCUUUACCUAAUUUUGCAUUUCUCUCUCUCUUUCUCUCUUUCUGCAUACUCUUAUAUUUUUUUCUCAGUUUCUUGGGUUUUUUUCUUCUGAGGUUGUAAGUGAGAAUCGAAGCUGAAGAUGGAGAACAACCAGCAAUCUUUUUGGCAGUUCAGUGAUCAACUUAGGAUCCAAAAUUCAAACUUGGCUAAUCUUUCCCUAAACGAUUCCAUAUGGAGUAACGCCCAUGUUUCUAAAAGGCCGGAUGAGAGGAGGAAUUUCGAUACCAGACUCGGUGAAUUUAACUCAGUCGACAAUUUGAAGCCAAAGCCAUCUGAUUUCAAUUCUUUCAAUAACGAUGGCUGGAAAAUUGGAGUCAGUAGCAUCAAUAACAGCAUCGGAUUUGGUCCGAUUGCUCCGAUUGCUCCGAUGGGGUCUCAGAAGAACACUGGAAUCAACGGAGGGUUCAACGAAGGUGUUUAUUCAAAGCUUAUGAAUAACAAUAAUUUCAACCUUAAUCUAAAGGGGAAAGAGGAUGAUCAUGGGGGUAAAAGCGGAAAGAACAGUAACAAGAAUAACAAUAACAGCAACAACGAUGAAACUAAAGAUGUGAAGAGUGGUGCCGACCAGAGGUUUAGGACACUGCCGCCAUCGGAGGCUUUGCCUAGGAAUGAAACUGUGGGUGGGUAUAUCUUUGUUUGCAACAACGAUACCAUGCAGGAGAAUCUCAGGAGACAGCUCUUCGGUUUGCCUCCACGCUACCGAGAUUCAGUCCGGGCGAUAACACCGGGCCUGCCUCUUUUCCUUUACAACUACUCCACCCACCAACUCCAUGGAAUAUUUGAGGCUGCAAGCUUUGGAGGAGCAAACAUUGAUCCAACAGCUUGGGAAGACAAGAAAUGCCCUGGCGAGUCUCGAUUUCCUGCUCAGGUUCGGGUUCUCACAAGGAAAAUCUGUGAACCACUUGAGGAGGACUCCUUUAGGCCUAUUCUCCACCACUAUGAUGGUCCGAAGUUCCGCCUUGAACUGAACAUUCCCGAGGCACUCUCCCUAUUGGAUAUUUUUGCUGAACAAUAUCCUUAAGCAACAUACUACGAAGGCGUACAGAUACAAAUACAAGAAGAUAUACAAGGUGAAGAUUUGAAUAACUAGCGAAGUCGAUAGUAUAUUGGGAGUUUACGACGGUAUCUACAGCGACUGAAUCCAUAUCUAUAGCCUGUGAGAUGUAAACCAUUUUGUUCAUAGGCUGCCCUUGUCUACACAGCUUGUCCUAUACAUGAAUAAUAAUAGUACAUGCGACUUAUUUAUGAUUGUUCUAUAUAAUUUGAGUUCAAUUUGCCAGUCUGGUGCCAUGAAUUCAAACCCCGAAUUACACCUUCU